UCUUCAUCUCUCGCCCCCAUCUCUCUCUAUCACCGGUGGAGAUAAGGCGCGGCCUCCUCCAUGGGCGGCGGCUGGCGAGCUCCCGCUUCCCUACCUGCUUCCCCGCCGCCGCCGCCGUGGGAGGGGAAAGUGGUUGGCGGAUAUUCUUGUUUUCUUUUUUUGUUUAAUCUUUGAUUGUGCGUGUAUGGAGUUCUGGAUUAGGAGAAAAAAAGGUACUUAACUGUCGGUGGAUUAGGAGAACAUAUUAGAUCUAGCGUUGGUGGAUCCAAUUUUAAUUUGCAAAAAUUUGUCAGUACUUAGCUGUCGGCAGCAGUAGAUCUGCAGAAAUGGAGUCUUUUUUCUGAUUGCUUGGUUGCAACCGAUGCAGCGGGCAGAUAGAAAUGGCGGCGGAGACGUUCCUCUUCACCUCCGAGUCCAGGAACGAGGGUCACCCCGACAAGCUGUGCGACCAGGUGUCCGACGCCGUCCUCGACGUGUGCCUCGCCCAGGACCCCGAGGGCAAGGUGGCGUGCGAGACCUGCACCAAGACAAACAUGGUCAUGGUGUUCGGCGAGAUCACCACCAAGGCCAGCGUCGACUACGAGAAGAUCGUCCGCGACACCUGCCGCAACAUCGGCUUCGUCUCCGACGACAUCGGUCUCGACGCCGACCGCUGCAAGGUGCUCGUCAACAUCGAGCAGCAGUCGCCCGACAUUGCCCAGGGCGUGCACGGCCACUUCACCAAGCACCCCGAGGAGAUCGGCGCCGGCGACCAGGGCCACAUGUUCGGCUACGCCACCGACGAGACCCCUGAGCUGAUGCCCCUCAGCCACGUCCUCGCCACCAAGCUCGGCGCCCGCCUCACCGAGGUCCGCAAGAACGGCACCUGCGCCUAGCUCAGGCCCGACGGCAAGACCCAGGUCACAGUCGAGUGCCUCAACGACGCCGGCGCCAUUGUCCCCGUCCGCGUCCAAAUUGUAGGGAAGAAGCGAGAGAGGAUAGUGGGAAGAAGGGAGCAGCGACGAUGGCAUGUGGGGCCCACAUGGGUCCCACCUUUUUUAUUAUUUCUGUGUGUGAAACUGACAUGUGGGUCCCACGGAUUUUAUUAUUUUUCUGGAUUGGAUUGCCACGUAA